AUGGAAACCUUCCUAUUCACAUCAGAAUCCGUGAACGAAGGCCACCCAGACAAGCUCUGCGAUCAAGUCUCAGACGCCAUUCUAGACGCAUGUCUAGAACAAGACCCGGAAAGCAAAGUCGCCUGUGAAACCUGCACCAAAACCAACAUGGUCAUGGUCUUCGGUGAAAUCACCACCAAAGCUAACGUUGAUUACGAGAAAAUCGUCCAUACAACUUGCAGAGAAAUCGGAUUCACAUCUCCCGAAGUCGGACUCGAUUUAACUGUUUUAUGCAUUGCUUCUGCAGUGUGUAGAGGAAAUCGAGAUACAUCUACAAACGGGAUGUUGGAGUGCUAA